AUGGCUACAUCACAUCCAGAGUUCAGCAAAGAGACCGAGGGUGUCGACGUUGCCAAGGCUUUCCCAAAUGAGAUCCGCAAUAAAACCAUCAUAGUUACUGGCGCCAAUCGUAAUGGAAUUGGGUUCUAUACUGCUCACGCUUUUGCGUCUCAGUCCCCAGCUUGUCUAAUCCUGGCCGGGCGCAACGUCGAUAGAAUCCAAGAGUGCAUCGAUGCUAUCAAGCAGGACUUCCCCGAUGCCAACUGUCGUGCGCUAAAGGUUGAUCUUUCCAGCCAAAAGUCCGUUCGUGCAGCUGCUGCGGAGGUCUUGGCCUGGCCUGAUGUUCCUGCUAUUGAUAUCUUAGUGAAUAGCGCUGGCGUGAUGGGUCUCCCAGAGCGAACACUUAGUGUUGAUGGACUGGAGAUGCACUUUGCGACUAAUCAUAUCGGACAUUGGCUGUUGACAUGCCUGAUUAUGCCAAAGCUGAUCAAGUCUGCCGAGGGCAAACCCAAGGGAACCACACGGAUUGUCAAUGUCUCUUCCUUGUCGCCUACCGUUGCGACUAUGCGUUGGAGUGACAUCAAUUUUGACAAGCCAAACAAAGAGCUGCCCGAAGUGGAACAGCCGCCCUAUCCGAUCCUAGAGGCAUGGGGGUUUAAGGACUGUGAAGAUAAAGCAUACGUCCCUAUCGACGGCUACAACCGCAGUAAAGUAGCCAAUGUCCUAUUUAGCAUCGGAGCAACCAAGAGGCUGUACGAGAAGUACGGCAUCCUCUCCUUGGCCGUGCAUCCUGGCAUCAUGCCAACGGACUUGGGCAGGGCCUUUACUAAGGAACAACGGGCGGCCGUGGACGCCAUGAUAGACAAAGGCAUAUUUCUCUAUCAAACCCUCGGCUCGGGAGCUUCAACUUCGCUGGUAGCUGCUCUAGAUCCAAAACUGAAAGCUGGUGAGACGGUCGAUGGCAAGGAGAAUUACGGCUCGUUCCUAGCGGAUUGUCAAAUUAAUGGUGCCGCGCACCCCCUUGCUGUAUCUAGCAGCGAGGCUGAGAGGCUCUGGGCUCUAUCGGAAGAUCUGGUGAAGGAAAAGUUCUCUUGGUGA